AGCCCUUCUACAGGUGGAAGCUGAACGACUCGUUCAUCAUCCCCAGACUCGGGUCACGCUACGCCCUCAGCGGGGGGAACCUGCGCAUCAGCCACCUCAACAAAGACCAAGACGUGGGGAUCUACCAGUGUCUCGCCUCCAAUUCCUUUGGCACUGUCGUCAGCAGAGAAGCCAGUCUGCAUAUCGCUUACUUGGAGAACUUCAAGACCCAGAAACGGAGUCCUGUGAGGGUUCGUGAAGGUCAAGGUGUGGUCUUGCUGUGUGGACCCCCUCAGUAUUCUGGAGAGCUCACGUUCACGUGGAUCUUCAACGAGUACCCGUCAUUCGUGACUCAGGACACCCGGCGCUUCGUCUCCCAGAAGACGGGCAACUUGUACAUCGCCAAGGUGGAGCCCUCGGACGUGGGCAACUACACCUGCGUGGUGACCAACACGGUCACCAAGAGUAGCGUUCAAGGACCCCCCGCCCCCUUGGUGCUCCGCGUUGAUGGCAUCAUGGGUGAAUAUGAGCCAAAGAUUGAGGUUCAGUUUCCAGAGAUCGUGCCAGUGGCGAAGAGCUCUACGGUGAAGCUUGAGUGUUUUGCUCUGGGAAACCCUGUCCCUACCAUCAGCUGGAGGAGGGUGGACGAGGUUCCUUUCGGCCGGAAGGUGGAUGUGAACAAGGCCAGCGGCGUUCUGGAGAUCCCGUACUUCCAGGCCGAAGAUGCAGGACUGUAUGAAUGUGUGGCCGAAAAUGCCAGAGGGAGGAACACCGUCAAAGGAAAGCUCUCGUUCUAUGCGCCGCCUCACCUGAUUGAGAAGCCCGAGGAUGCCCAGAGGCCCAUCGACGACACCCUGGUCUGGGAGUGCAAGGCCAGCGCCAAGCCUAAGUCCUCCUACCGCUGGCUGAAGAACGGAGAGUCUCUGGACCCCAUGGAGGACAGGGUUCAGGUGAACAACGGCAUCCUGACUAUCAAUAGCCUGAGGCUGGCAGACAUCGGCAUGUACCAGUGUGUGGCUGAGAACAAGCAUGGAAGGGUCUUCACCAACACUGAGCUCAGAGUGAUAGCCAUAGCUCCAGACUUCUCCCAGAACCUGCUGAAGCCCCAGACCCUGGCCAGGCAGGGGGGAGACGUGCUGAUUGAGUGCCGGCCAAAGAUGUCUCCUCACGGGAUGAUCUCCUGGAGGAAGGGCAAGGAGGCCCUGAGAGAGAGCCACAGGGUCUCUGUGUUGGAAAACGGAAGUCUUCGGAUUGCAAACGUUUCCAAAAUGGACGCCGGUCUCUACACAUGUGUGGCUAGGAACCAGUUUGGAGUAGCCAGCAGUGCCGGGAGUCUCUUGGUUAAAGAGCAAACUAUCAUCACCAGUCCGGCAGGGCACCUGGACGUGACUGUGGGCGAGAGCAUUGUCCUCCCCUGCCAGGUCGCCCACGACCCCUCGCUUGAUCUCAAGUUCACCUGGUUCUUCAACGAGCAGCUCAUCCACUUCGGGAGCCAUGGGGGGUACUUCGAGAGAGUCGGGGGACGUUCCGCGGGUGACAUCAUGAUCAGGAACAUUCAGCUGAGGCAUGCUGGGAAGUACACAUGUGCCGUCCAGACCAAAGUGGACAGUGUGUCUAUCGCGACUGACGUAGUGGUUAGAGGUCCCCCAGGUCCUCCGGUGGCGUUCCAGGUGACAGACAUGACUGAGACCACCGCCUCUCUCUCCUGGAGCCCGGGCCCCGACAACCACAGCCCAGUCCUCAGCCACACCAUCCAGGCCCGCACGCCCUAUUCCCUGGGCUGGCAAGCUGGAACCACAGUGCCUGAGCUGUUGGGAGGCAGACAGCUCACAGCCAUGGUGGUGGACCUUAGCCCCUGGGUGGAGUAUGAGUUCAGGGUUCUGGCCACCAACGCCAUCGGCACUGGAGAACCCAGCAAGUCUUCCAAGAAGGCUCGCACCAAAGACAUGCCCCCCAAGGUGACUCCAGCCAGAGUGAGCGGAGGUGGUGGAGGUCGUUCGGAGCUCGUCAUCACAUGGGAGCCGGUCCCUGAGGAGCAGCAGGGUGGUCCUGGGUUUGGCUACGUGGUGGCGUUCCGCCCUCACGGGGCACAGGGCUGGAUGCAGGCGGCGGUCACCUCUCCCGAGGCCUCCAAAUACGUCUUCAAGAACGAGAGCAUCCCGCCCUUCUCGCCCUACCACGUCAAAGUGGGCGUGUACAAUAACAAAGGGGAGGGGCCCUUCGGCCCGGUGACAACCAUCCACUCUGCGGAGGAAGAGCCCACCAGAGCUCCAGGAAGGCUGAGGGCCAGGAGUGUGUCGUCCUCGCAGGUGGAGGUGACCUGGAAGACCCUCCCCUGGAGCACCAACCGUAGACGCAUCCUGGGCUACGAGCUGAGGUACUGGGGCGAGGGGGAGGGGCAGGAGGAGGCGCGGGUGGUCCGGACGCUGGGGAACAAGACGUCUGUUGUGAUCAGGGAGCUGGAGGGCAGCACCACCUAUCACCUCUCCCUGAGGGCGUACAACAGCGCUGGGCUGGGCCCACACAGUGCCACCAUCAACAUCACCACCAAGAAACCACCACCAAGCCAGGCUCCUGUGAAGAUCAUGUGGAACACCUCCAACUCCAAGGUCAUCUUGAAGUGGGACCAAGUCAGAGCGCUGGAGAACGAGUCCGAGGUCACCGGAUACAAAGUGAUGUACAGUCAGGACAGGCACGGCCAGCCCAGCGUGGUGAAGACCAACAGCACCUCUCUGGAGCUCUCUCUGCCGGUCAACCAGGACUACGUCAUCCAGAUCAAGCCCUUCAGCGAGGGAGGGGAGGGCCUCAGCAGCAGACAGAUCACCAUCCCCAGGAUAGCAGCAGGUUCGCUGGCCAUGGGAGCGGUGGCGACGUCGCCGGCCUCCUCAGCGGUGAGCGUGUUGACUCUCGCCCUCACAGCCUGGACGCUGCUAUGACCGACGCUCUGAGGACUCCACAGUUCUCCAGGAGGCAGCACAGAGACGCAGAGGGAGAAAGAGAGACGUACGCUACAGCCAAGUCUCUUUGUUUUCCACUCUCUGCUAAUCUAUCGUUUUCUUACAAAGACCACCUCCGUCAAGUGGAGGCUUUCUUUCAACGUUUAAAAAAAAAAAAUCUUCAGAAGGAGAUGUUUGGAAGCCCAGCGCCGACGCUUCUUACAAAAGCUGCUUCUGGAUGUAUGUGAC